AUGUUGGUGAGCGAAGAUGUCCUACAACGCAUCUUUUCUGGAUGGACAAGUAUUUUACGAAGAUGUCUAUUUCGAGUUGUUCGAGUCGGUCCGAUCCCAUCUCACCUUGCCCUUAUCAUGGACGGUAACCGAAGGUAUGCCAAAAAGAAGAAGCUAGAAGAAGGAACUGGCCAUGAUGCAGGUGCGAUGGCGCUCUUGUACCUGCUCGUAUACUGCUACGAGCUCGGGAUCAAAUAUGUCACCGCCUACGCUUUCAGCAUCCACAACUUCAAGAGAAGCCCGGAGGAAGUUAAGAAGAUAAUGGAUCUGAUGAUGGAGAGCGUCACUUUAUUAACGAGAUUGUCGAAAUUUUGUUCCCUGAGGGUUCAUUUCGCCGGAAACCUACAACUCUUAAGCACAGAACUGAGGAAUGCGGCCAACAAGUUGAUGGAAAACACCGCCAGCAACUCUAACUUGGUGUUGACGAUCUGCGUUUCCUACACUUGCUCCGACGAGAUCUUGCACGCCGUCGAGGAAUCGUGCAGAGAAAGAACCGAUGGUGCCGUUGUAAAGUUGGCGGAUAUCGAGAAGCAUAUGUAUAUGGCCGUUGCACCGGAUCCCGACAUUAUUAUACGUACCGGCGGGGAAUGCCGGCUGAGCAACUUCCUUUUGUGGCAGAGUUGUUGCUGUCAUUUGUCGUCGGUGUACACGGUUUGGCCGGAGUUUGGGGUGUUGCAUCUGGUUUGGGAGGUGUUGGAUUUUCAGCACAAGUACACUUAUUUUGCUAGGAAAAAGAUGCAAUUAUAGGCCUUGGAAAUGGUUAACAUCUUUCAAAGUUUGUACGAGUCCCAUAAUUACAUGUUAAUCGGAUAAGUUCAAAAAAAAAUCAAUAAG